AUGGCUCCUGUAGACGCAUGGGUUACGAUGGCACCUCUUCAGUUUUUCAUCCGGCAGACGGCGCAGCGCCAUGCCGACCACCAGGAUGGCACCGUGCUGGACUUCACCGCGGAUGGAACAUGGAGCCACCAUGGAGGUACUUCGAUGACCUCGCUUCUAUCGACCGCAGCCUGCUUGGUGGCAUUGGGACGUUCCGGGCGGAGGCAUGUUGGCCUGAAGCAGGUGACGAUGCAGGUGUCGAGUCGCUGGUUACAGUCGAACCCCAGCUGGGAGAAUUGGCUGCCGGACCGCACCAAGUGCUCCCCCGGCUUCGGCCUCUACGACACGACGCAAGAUACCUUCAUUGGCACACGUGCAGACACGACCUUCCUGGAGCCGUGCUUGCGUGUCCGGAAGACAUGCAGCUCCAUUGUAUGA